AUGGCUAUUGGUGGGGCGAUAAGGUCGUUUGUGGCUGGCUACGUUGGGGCAUCGAUGGCUAUCAGUGGGUGGGUGGCUGUGUGGGGUGCGACAAGAGGGUGGGUUGAGAAAGCUUUAAUUGGUUCACCUGAACCAGCAUCUGACAAACAAUUUUUUUAUUCCAAGUUUGCUGAUGAAGCAGAUUGGCCGUUGCAUGAAGAUGAGAGAGAUGAGGGCAAAACACCACCUGUGAAAAGGAAGAAAUCAAAGGAAAAGAAAGGAAUCAAGAAGGAAGCUGAAGCAAAAAGUGGAAACAAGGUUGAGGCUAGACGAAGAGAGUGGGGUUGUUGGGGCUAG